CGGGCGCCGCCGCCUCCUCCUCCAUAGCUGUUUACCCGGCUGCAUUGUGGGAGUUUGACCUCCGCCGCCGCCAACCGCCGCCUCAGCUUGCGCCGCCGCCGCCGCCGCGCACGCCAUGGGAGCCGUGACUGACGACGAAGUCAUACGGAAGCGUCUCCUAAUUGAUGGAGAUGGCGCUGGAGAUGAUCGGAGAAUUAAUCUACUAGUGAAAAGUUUCAUUAAAUGGUGCAACUCUGGAUCCCAGGAAGAGGGAUACAGCCAGUACCAACGUAUGCUGAGCACACUGUCCCAAUGUGAAUUUUCAAUGGGCAAAACUUUGCUGGUGUAUGAUAUGAAUCUCAGAGAAAUGGAAAAUUAUGAAAAAAUUUACAAAGAAAUAGAAUGUAGCAUUGCUGGAGCACAUGAAAAAAUUGCUGAGUGCAAAAAGCAAAUUCUUCAAGCAAAACGAAUACGAAAAAAUCGCCAAGAAUAUGAUGCAUUGGCAAAAGUGAUCCAGCGUCAUCCAGACAGGCAUGAGACGUUAAAGGAACUAGAGGCUCUGGGAAAAGAAUUAGAGCAUCUUUCACAUAUUAAAGAAAGUGUUGAAGAUAAGCUAGAAUUGAGAAGGAAACAGUUUCAUGUUCUUCUUAGUACCAUCCAUGAACUUCAGCAAACACUGGAAAAUGAUGAAAAGCUCUCAGAGGUAGAAGAAGCUCAAGAAACAAGCAUGGAAACUGAUCCUAAACCAUAGACCAACUAAUCACUCACCAUUCCCAAGAAUAUUGAAGUAGCAACAUGAUCUUAGUGUGUUCAGAAUUUGUUGUGCUCUUGAGACAUUUAAAGUUUUGGCAGUGAACUACGUUGCUUUUAAAUUUUAAUGCACAGUUCAUUCAUAUUUCUUCACACAAAGGGAGAUGACUUCAUUAUAUAUUUGUUUUUAUUGAAAUGCCUUUUUUAUACUUAAAAGAUAGGAAGCAACAUCCAAAAAUGUUUAAUGAAAUAUUUUCAAGCCAGAUAUGUUAGUGCUCAUUGGUAUUCUAGGUAGUUUUUAACUGGUAACAUUGAUUUGCUCACAAAAUAAGUGGAAGAUAGUGAGAAGGUGGCAUUUCUAGGAUGUACCUGAGAAAAUUAGUCAAUUUCUGGAAAUCGUUACCACUUUUGAAAAUGAAGUCCAUGAAUAGGCUCUCAGGAGGGCUGUGAACUUAUGAAAUUAUGUACAAAAUGUUUGUGGUGUAUGCUUAUUGUGGGAGAGGUUCCAUGAUAUUAAGAAUCACUGAGGGGCUUCCCUGGUGGCGCAGUGGUUGAGAAUCUGCCUGCCAAUGCAGGGGACACGGGUUCGAGCCCUGGUCUGGGAAGAUCCCACGUGCCGCGGAGCAACUGGGCCCGUGAGCCACAACUACUGAGCCUGCGCGUCUGGAGCCUAUGCUCCGCAACAAGAGAGGCCGCGAUAGUGAGAGGCCCGCGCACCGCGAUGAAGAGUGGCCCCCGCUUGCCACAACUAAGAGAAAGCCCUCACACAGAAAAGAAGACCCAACACAGCCAAAAAAAAAAUUAAAUAAAUAAAUAAAUAAAUAAAUAAGUCAGGAGCUCUUAAAAGAAAAAAAAAAAAAAGAAUCACUGAUAUCAGAGGUAAUUACAAGAUGCAAAGUAAAUCAAUAUGCAUUACUUUCUAGAUCUCUGUCCUUAAUACUUCAGCAAUGUGGCUGUUAAAUGUUUUCUCUCUAUCGUUUUGUCCUGUAGGAGUCAUUUUCAAGAGUCUUGCAAAAAGGAUUUCAUGAUCUUUUUAAAAAAUUAAGCCAGGUCUGAAUCACUUAUAAUUGUCUUACGCAUUGAAUUACAUGUCUAAUACUUAUUAGGGUCUAUCCUUAUCCAUUUAUUUUAGUUCAGAAACAUAGCAUUUUGCAUGAAUCAUACCUUAAUAAUGCUACAUUUUUGUAAUUUUGAUACAAACUCGUAUCUUUAAAAACGAAAGUUUAAAGUUAGC